UCCCCUCCCCCGCGCCGGGUUUCCUGGGUAAGAUGGCGUCGCCGGUGGCCGCGCAGGCCGGGAAACUUCUGCGAGACGUGGCGCUCCGGGCCCCGUUCCUGGCGGCCAGGUCCCAGGCAGUUCAAUUAACCUCCAGAAGAUGGCUGAACCUGCAGGAAUACCAGAGCAAGAAACUGAUGUCUGACAAUGGAGUGAAAGUUCAAAGGUUCUUUGUAGCAGAUACUGCGAACGAAGCUCUGGAGGCUGCCAAGAGACUAAAUGCAAAAGAAAUUGUUUUAAAAGCCCAGAUCUUAGCUGGAGGAAGAGGAAAAGGUGUCUUCAAUAGUGGCUUGAAAGGAGGCGUUCAUUUAACAAAAGACCCUAAAAUUGUGGGACAGCUGGCUAAACAGAUGAUUGGAUAUAAUCUAGCAACAAAACAAACUCCAAAAGAAGGUGUGAAAGUUAAGAAGGUGAUGGUUGCUGAAGCCUUGGACAUUUCCAGAGAAACCUACUUGGCAAUUUUGAUGGACCGGGCCUACAAUGGCCCAGUACUGGUGGGCAGCCCCCAGGGGGGCGUGGACAUCGAAGAGGUGGCAGCUUCGAAUCCAGAACUUAUUUUUAAGGAGCAAAUUGACAUUUUUGAAGGGAUAAAGGACAGCCAAGCUCAGAGGAUGGCAGAAAAUCUCGGCUUCCUUGGGCCUUUGAAAAACCAGGCUGCAGAUCAAAUUAAGAAGCUGUAUAAUCUCUUCCUGAAAAUUGAUGCUACUCAGGUGGAAGUGAAUCCCUUUGGUGAAACUCCAGAAGGACAAGUUGUCUGUUUUGACGCCAAGAUAAACUUUGAUGACAAUGCAGAGUUCCGACAAAAGGACAUAUUUGCAAUGGAUGACAAAUCAGAGAAUGAGCCCAUUGAGAAUGAAGCUGCCAGAUAUGACCUAAAAUACAUCGGACUGGAUGGGAACAUUGCGUGCUUUGUGAAUGGUGCUGGGCUCGCCAUGGCUACUUGUGACAUCAUUUUCCUUAAUGGUGGGAAGCCAGCCAACUUUUUGGAUCUUGGAGGCGGUGUAAAGGAAGCUCAAGUAUAUCAAGCAUUCAAAUUGCUCACAGCUGAUCCUAAGGUUGAAGCCAUCCUUGUCAAUAUUUUUGGUGGUAUCGUCAACUGUGCCAUCAUUGCCAAUGGGAUCACCAAAGCCUGCCGGGAGCUACAACUCAAGGUGCCCCUGGUGGUCCGGCUUGAAGGAACCAACGCCCAAGAGGCUCAGAAUAUUCUCAAUAACAGCGGACUCCCCAUUACUUCAGCCAUCGACCUGGAGGAUGCAGCCAGGAAGGCUGUGGCCAGCGUGGCAAAGAAGUGAUGUCUUGGUCAGGAUCCCUGGGGAAGGAAGGCCAUUUUUCCAUAAUAAGGGAUGGUUUUCUCAUCACUGUGAAGAAAUGGUUAUCGCCUUUGGAAUAAAGGAGGGGGGCAGAGCAUGAGCAAAAAUCACUGUGCGAAAAAUCCUAAAUCUGUAUUUUCUUGAAUAAGAUAUCUAGACAGCCUAAAUCUGAUUUUAUUUAUAGUCUUUGUAAAAAUAAUGUCCUGUGUUCUCAUACUUUUCUAUCAUAAGCCUGCUCAGCAGGCAGUGUUUUGCCAACUUUUGGGAGCAGUCUGUGUGGCUAAAUGAUGUGCGUAUAUACAGAAUAUGAAAUCAGGCCCUGGUUUAUUUACAGGCUGGUGGACAUCUAAUCCUAUGUAGUAAAAAAAUCACAGGCCUUUUGAAACUCAGACAAGAUUACAUUUAACAUAUUAACUAUCAAAAAGGCGCACUUAAGACCUUCAAGCAAAUAGCUACUACACACUGCAGCGGUUUUUAUAUGUUUCUAAUUUCAACAUGUUUGGAAAAUUCAUAAAUAUUCUAACGUGUAUUUAACAGUGGAAGGUCUGCAUUAAUAUACCAUAUGUGUAUUUUACUGUUUGCCUUAAUAUUGAAUAUACUGUUUACCUCACACUAAAAAUAAAACCAGAAGCCUUAUUUGUAAUUUUGAAAUAGAAACUUCCAUUUUGAUAAAAACUGAAGAAUGCUGAUUCUUAUGGAAAUCUCAGUAAUUACAUCACUUUGAGAUGAGACAACACUGAAGAUCAAAUUGUGUGGAGUAUCAGUAUCUUCUCUCCCCGCCUUUAUUUCCCCCUCCCCCAGAAUCUACCAGCUUGUUGUAGAUGUUAGGAAAACAUAAUGAGGAGAAUGUGGCUUUUUUCCAUAAUAUCCAUUUUUGUGGUGGGAAAGAAUUUGCAUUAGAUUUUUGUUGAAAUUUUGGUAAAUUUUUAUCUGUAUACAAAUUUAAAUAAAAUCCUAUGUUUUAUAAGUUCUAAAA